AUGAUUCGAGUGUUUUUGCGCCAGGGACGUGUAUUGCGACCUUCAACGCUCCAGUAUCGACUGAGACAUUUCAGUGACGACAAAAAACCGACUCAAGGGCUUGAUUUUAGAGCGCUGAACAAUGAAAUCGGAGGUGAGCGACAAGACAAAAGCUCUGUUGAGAACGACAACACGCCUGUGAGCCAAGCUAUCAACGGGGACAUUAUUGGAGCCUCUUCUACAAGCUCCGAAACCCCUUCCAAGCCGUGGUAUCUGCGAGAUCAACCGGAAGUAAAGGAGGAGCCUGUCAACAUUGACCUGGGUCUGCCAGAUGGAGCUAUGAAUGAUAUCGCCAAGCAGCUUGCACGUGAUGCCAUUUAUGACAUCAAGUACAUUCCCGAGCAGGAUAUUCUCAUUGGGUCCGGCAAGUCCAGUCGACACAUCUACAAGGCUGGACGGGAAGUUAUGGGAGUGCUGAAACACCAGCAUGAUGUUCUUCCAACUGCUGAGGGACUGUUCAAGAAGAAUGCACAGAGAAUGUCUUACCGACGAAUGCUAAAGAAGGCCCGAAAGCAGAAUCUCGAGUUCCCCGACUCGGAAUGGGUCGUGAUCGACUCCCAGAUGGGCUUCCAUGUACAUAUUUUCACUGCCGAGAAACGCGAGCUUGUCAACCUGGAGGAUCUUUACAAGUUUGAGAUGGAUGAAGAGGAGGUUGAAAUUUCGCCAGAGGACUUUGCUUGGGCCGAAAAAGGUCAGAAGAACGUCAUUGAUGGAGAUGAAUUCUUAUCUGGACAGCACAACUCUGAUCCUUUCCUCAGGAGCGAUUCGAUCACCGGCUUGCCCAAGAAGCCCUCUAACAACCCCUUUGACGGUGGUAUUGGAAGUGGCCAGAGAAGAAGUCUCCAUACCUCAGCACCAGCUGCAACCACCCUUGCAGUAGACUUUGAUGGCGGAUCUGCAGCAGCCAAGGACGACGAGUCCAAGUCCCACCCCUCCAUCAUCCCUCUCUUCAUGUACCAAAAGUGGGCCACUCAGGGUGACAAGGAUCAGGUUCUGGCAAAGUACGACGACCUUCAACCGCAUGCAAACCGUAAGGAGAUUGUUCUUUCUGCCAUCACCAACUUUCUGAAACUUCCCACAACGGGCUUCAACGACGUUCCGCAAGCUGUAGAGGAGCUUUUUGAGGUCUUCUCCCCUUCGGAUGCAUCCAACCCCGAAUGGAAAGAGGCCUUCAAGGCUCUGGUUAACGCCUACGCUCUGAACCACAAGUGCGUCCCUACACAAGCUCUCGUCGACUACCUUGUUGCCCAGCAGGCCUCUGGAGCCGCCGUGGUCAACUGGCAAGUCUCCGAGAUCGUCAGAGCCACCAUCGACUCCACACAAUACGAGCAGGUUGGCGUGACUUCUCUCAAGGAGUGGCAGCGAGUUGUGGAUGCCAAAAUUCAAAUCAUCAAACAGCUGAUCGAGAGCUUUGGACUCGUGGCUCCUGUGAGAUUGCUUGCUAACGACAGAUUCAUCCGACGUGUGGCUCGGUCUCUUACCCAAAGAACCUCUGCAUCUUUCGGUCUGGACCUUGUUGCCAAGCCCGAAACCACAAAGCAUCCCCUCGAUCUGCGUCUCAAGCUAUUGGAAGAGAGUCUUCCCAUCAAGAUGCUCAACAGAAAGACUCUGUUUGUCUUUUUCGCAGCCUACGCAAACUCGUACGCCUGGAACCCUUUUUUCAAGCUCCUGAAGCGAUGUCACAAGGAAACCAAGACUGAUAACGCCCACGUUCAGACGAUCAUAUCGCUGGUUCUCAACUCUCGAGACGAGACUGCCUACUACCGACUGAUGGAGUCCGAACUCGGUCUUCUCUGCGAUGCUCAGGGAGAGUUGCCUCUCGACAAGGACAUUGCUGUGAAGCUCGAAAAGUUGAUGGACAACAUUGAUCCCGAAGGUCGUCGAUUCCAGCAGUUGCGGCACAAGACCAACACGCAGCUUUACUCAUGA